AUGGAGGAUUCUAAAAGGCCAUGUAGAACCAAAAAAAGUUCGGAGACGUCUACCUCUUCCCUCUCUUGUGCUGAAGACAUGACCAGUGAAUUUGGAGAAAAAUAUAACUUUCGACGCAGUUCUCUCGUGAACAGGGUCGUUAGUGAAAGAAAACGCAAAGAGGCCAAACAGCCGAAGCCGAAGUCAAAACCACCUCCACUGAGUAAAUACCGCCGGAAAGCAGCCAAUUCCAGAGAGAGGGGUCGUAUGGAGGAUAUUAAUGCAGCUUUUGAAGUAUUAAAGGGAGUUUUACCGGACAUCGAGGCAUGUCCUUCAUCCAAAAUGACAAAAAUCACCACACUCAGACUAGCCAUGAACUAUAUAUCCGCAUUACGAAACAGUCUCGGGUACGAGGACGACCUCAACUCUGACGCAUCCUCUUCUCGGUCGUCCAACAUGUCCUCUGGGGAGGAGGAUCUGUGUCUUAGUCCCUCCUCUGCCUCUGCACCAGAAGACUUCUUAAGUUCGGAGGACAUCGCUUCAUCAGACGGUUUAGACCUCGACAUCCAAGUUCCAUCAGAAUUGCUGCUUAGCUAA